AUGGACAGCCCAGUUAUCACUAUGGAUCUGCACUUGCAUAAUACAAAGCAAGGAGGAAAAAUGAGGAAACCUAUGAAAGUUGGAAUUCAUACCAAGGCAUGGUUUAUUGCUGGAAUAUUUCUACUAAUGACUAUACCGAUAUCACUCUGGGGAAUACUACAACACUUAGUCCAUUAUACUCAACCUGAGCUGCAGAAACCAAUAAUAAGGAUUCUAUGGAUGGUGCCGAUUUACAGUUUAGACAGUUGGAUAGCUUUGAAAUACCCCAACAUUGCAAUAUAUGUGGAUACAUGUCGAGAAUGCUAUGAAGCUUAUGUCAUCUAUAACUUUAUGGUUUUUCUUUCAAAUUAUCUAACCAACCGGUAUCCAAACCUCGUAUUAAUAAUAGAAGCAAAAGAUCAGCAGAGACAUCUGCCGCCUCUAUGUUGUUGUCCAUCAUGGGCUAUGGGAGAAGUUUUAUUAUUUAGAUGUAAACUGGGUGUUUUGCAGUACACUGUUGUCAGACCAUUUACUACCAUUAUUGCUUUAAUUUGUGAACUCGUGGGAGUGUAUGAUGAAGGAAACUUCAGCUUCAACAAUGCUUGGACUUACUUGGUUAUACUUAACAACAUGUCACAGCUAUUUGCUAUGUAUUGUCUGGUGCUGUUUUAUAAAGUACUACGUGAAGAACUGAAUCCUAUCCAACCUGUUGGCAAGUUCCUUUGUGUGAAGAUGGUCGUUUUUGUUUCUUUCUGGCAAGCUGUGCUUAUUGCGUUGUUGGUGAAAGUUGGCGUUAUUUCUGAGAAACACACCUGGGAAUGGCAAAGUGUGGAAGCUGUGGCUACAGGCCUACAGGAUUUUAUCAUUUGUGUUGAGAUGUUCCUGGCUGCUAUUGCACAUCACUACAGUUUUUCCUAUAAACCCUAUGUUCAAGAAGCUGAAGAAGGGUCAUGCUUCGAUUCUUUUCUUGCAAUGUGGGAUAUUUCUGAUAUAAGGGCAGAUAUAUCAGAACAGGUUCGAAAUGUUGGAAGGACAGUUUUGGGCCAGCCAAGGAAAAUGUUUUUUGCUGAGGAUCACGAACAAAACGAACAUACGAGUUUACUGUCUUCAUCUACUCAAGACCCAAUUUCUGAUGCUUCUUCAAUGCCAUCUUCACCUAUGGGUCAUUAUCAAGGGUUUGGACACACUGUGACACCUCUCACAACACCAACAACAGUUCCUGCAGUUGAUGGUAUUUAUAACACUUCUGCUACUCGAGACGCUGAGGAGUCACCUGAACUAGAGCACAAUUUAUCAGAGAAAGCUUUGGAUAAAAGUUAGACUCACCUUUUCUUUGAAUGUGUCAAGGAGUCUGUUGUAUGCUUGCCACACAUGUUCUGUUAACAUGUACUAUUAGUGAUGAAAGUUGAAAAGCUUGGAAAAGCUACUGCGCAGACAGGAAGAGGAUACGGCUGUAACUGACAUCUGAAUUCUGAAUCUAUAAUAG